GUAAUUAAUGAUCAGACAGCAAAAUUUAAUAGCAAUCAAAUUGAAAAAAAAUGUUUGAAAUUAAAGUCAACAACUCGAAGUCACGAAAUCGGAAAUAGGAAAUUAAGUUAAUACUGUUCUUGAGAGUGGUUUAUUAGUAGUUGACAAUGGCAGAUUUCAAAACAUCGAAUAUAUUGACAAAAGAAUGUUUAAGAACCCAAAUUUGUGGUGAAGGCGAGUGGCCAAAAAACACAGUAAUCUACCAGCCUUAUGAAACAGAACAAAUCCUAUUACCUGACAACUCAAAAUGUUUAUCGGUUAAAACAUUUUUAAAAAUGGCUGGAUUAGAAUAUAUUGUGGAAGCCAGAGAAAAUGCCGAGUAUAUGUCACCACAUCGAGGUAAAGUGCCGUUCAUUAAAGCAGGCCAGUUUUUAGUAGCUGACUUUGAACCAAUCGUCAGUUUUGCUCAAUCUAAAGGUUAUUCGCUAUCAACAAGUUUAGAUGAAGCUCAAAAGUGGGAUCUUAGAGUAUACAUGGCACUAGUGAAUAAUGUUCUUUUAAAUGCUGAGAUUUAUGUAACAUGGAACCACGAGCUUACUUAUAAAGAACUCACCAAGCCAAGAUACAGUUCUGUUUAUCCUUUCCCAUUGAACCACUGGGCUACAUAUAAUAAGCGCCGUGAAAUGUUAUCACAUUUAGAUGUGUUAGGUUGGAAAAAAAAAUCUUUGGACGAAGUGUUUAAGGAAGUGGAAAGAAUCUGCGAGUCAUUGUCAAACUUUUUGGGAGACAAGAAAUAUUUUUUUUCUGAAAAGCCGACUGAGUUAGACGCUUUAGUAUUUGGUCAUUUGUUUUCCAUCAUAACAACACCACUACUAAACAAUCGAUUUGCUGCUACUGUCAGAGCUUAUGACAAUCUAGUUCAAUUGUGUGUACGCAUUGAAACAGAAUUUUAUCAGUCUAGAAUUCUAUGAUAUAAAUAAUUGUUUAUUUGAUUGAAUAUUAGUUAGUAAUUACUAUUAUAAUUAAAUUAUACCAAAAUGGGCAAAAUGAAAUAAAAUAUUAACUAAACUGUUAUAUAGAAAUAUUUUAUGUGAUCUAAUGUUAAGAAGUGUUAAUAAAAUUAAUGAUAAAACA